UUUUUUUUAAAUGUUAACAAUCCGGGUAAUAUAAAUGUGGCAACAAUAGUCGCCGUUUAAUCUGUACCGCAAGCCCAGCGAGAGACCGGCGCGGCGGACCGAGAGAGAGAGAGAGAGAGAGAUAGACGAGUCCCGCGCCUGCGCAGGUGCGCUGGCUUCCCCCACUCCUCCUCCCCCUCGAGAGCAGCACCGCUCGGCAAACAAACGACAGGCGCAGCGCCCGUCACUAGCCGUGUGGACGUCGCGCGGUUUGGGAAGGCGCUUCGCGUCGCCAGAGACCGGCAUCUUCACAACACACAGCCGGCGAACAGGAGAGCAGACAGGUGUCGCGAGCCCGCGCAGCUAAUUGUGAUGCACUCUCGACACACAAGAUGGCCGCCGACUUCGUUAAUGCCGAGGUUCUGCAGGAGGACGACAGGCCUGUUGUCCCGGGGCUGCUCGUCAGGGCUGCCACCCUGCCGGCGCUAGCCCGCCUCGUCGUCUCUGCCUUCGCAGACUGCGAUGGCGAGGUGUCCCAAGAGAGCCGCGCCGUGCCCGAGGUGGUGUUCAGGACGCACCGCUGGUUCGCCACGUCCACGGAGCUGGCCGGACACCUCAUGUCCGUGCCCGAGUCCGCACCCUGUCCGUCCCCCGGCUGCGGACACUCGGCGACGGACGGCGGCUGUCCGGCGUCGCGGGCCCGCGCGAGCCUCUGCCGCGCCUUCAGGUACUGGAUCUCCAACUUCCCGGUCCACUUCAACGUGGACUCAUCGCUGGCGAACGCGCUCAGGGACUUCCAGUCCACGCUGCCUGCUGCGGAGGCGGCGCUGUUCGACCUGUCGCUCGUGCCGUCCUACGACUGGAUGCGGCACGUGUCGGUCCGCUGCGGCGGCGGCGGCGGCGGCGGCGGCGGCGGGAGCUCUUCGCCGCCCCCGCAGUCUGACCUGGUCAAGUCCUGCCGGGUGUCCUUGGUGCUGCACCAGCUGGCGCCCGCGCAGCUAGCCGAGCACAUCACCUACCUCGAGCACAAGGUCAUCAGGAGGAUCACGUUCCAGGACAUCAGGAGGUACACGGAGUCGGGCUCGCUGCGGGACGCGCCCAAGCUGGAGCGCUCGGUGGCGCUGUUCAACGGCCUGACGCAGUGGAUCCAGUGCACCGUGCUGAGCCGCACCACGCCUCAGCAGCGCGCCGACGUCAUCGCCAAGUUCGUGGCCGUGGCGCAGAGACUGCUGGAGCUGCAGAACUACAACUCGCUGAUGGCGGUGGUGGGCAGCGUGAGCCACAGCGCGCUGGCGCGGCUCUCCCGCACGGCGGCGUGCGUGCCGCACGAGUCCAAGCGCCAGCUGGCCGAGCUGGCGGAGCUGCUGUCCGCCAGCAACAACUUCGGCAACUACAGGCGCUCGCUGGGCGACAGCGCUGGAUUCAAGAUACCCAUCCUAGGUAUCCACCUGAAGGACAUCAUCUCGCUGCACGCUGCGCUCCCGGACAAGCUGGACGGCGGGAUGGUCAACCUGCGCAAGAUGGCCCAGCUGUCCUUGAUGUUCAAGGAGUUGGAGGACCUCCAGAACUCCGCGCCGCCCAUCGAGGUCAACAUGGACCUGGUGAACACUCUCCGGUGUUCACUGGAUCUUUCAUACACGGAAGAUGAAAUCUAUGAGCUCUCCUUAGCAAGAGAGCCAAGGAACAGUUCAUCGCCCCAGUGCUCGCCGACGCAGUCCGUGCUGUUCGCCGAGUGGGCGGCCGGGCCCUGCCCGCCUCCCGACCCGCAGACCAUCGAGAAGCACGUGGACGCCAUGGUGGAGGCCGUCUUCAACAACUACGACAACGACCGCGACGGCUACAUCUCGCACGACGAGUUCGACGCCGUCGCCACCAACUUCCCGUUCAUCGCGUCCUUCUGCGUGCUGGACGCCGACCAUGAUGGAAUGAUCAGCCAAGAGGAGAUGAAGAAGUACUUCAUACACGCCAACUGCCAUGCCUUGAAGAAUGGCUUCAAACAUGACUUCCAUGAAACCACAUAUUUCAAGCCUACGUUCUGUGCCCACUGUGCAGGACUGCUGUGGGGCCUUAUAAGGCAAGGCUACAAGUGCAGAGACUGCGGCAUCAAUGCCCACAAGCACUGUAAAGACUUGGUGGUCAUGGAGUGCAGACUUAGAAACAACCCUCCAGGCGACGCCGGCAGCCACGCGGCCACCUCCCGCAGGAGGUUCAAGCGCAAGAAGAAGUCGAGCGUGUCCGAGUCGGAGUCCAACCCGCCGAGCCCCAAGUGCUCGACGUCGGGUGGGGACCCGGACGGCGGCGCAACAGACCAGCACUCGUCGGACGCCAGCCCCGGGGGCUCGCUACCGCCCAGCCCCAAGCCGGCGGUCAUGUGGUCUACUUCGUCGUCUUCGGCGGCCGCCGCCGCGCCGCGCCGCAAGAUCAGCGACUCGCUGCUGGUGCCGCAGCCGGGCAGGCUGCGCGCGCAGCGGAGCUGUCCCGAGACGUGCAGCCACCACCGGCUCAAGGAGGAGGGGUUGUGGUGCCGCCACGGGCAGCACCCGCCCUUGCAGCACUCGCAGCCCGCCGUGUGCCACCCGCCGCUGGCCCACCAGGCGGCCAUCGCGGGCUGCGGCUGCCACGCCGAGGUGGAGGCCCUCAGCCAGAAGCUGGCCGCCGCGGAGGAGGCGCGGCAGAGGCUGCUGAAGGAGAACCAGUUCCUGCUGCAGCAGCUGGAGAGCGCGUACAAGGAGCUCCACUCGCUGCGCGACCACGUGGGGGAGGUGCGACAGCAGACCGUCGCCUUCAUCCUCGGCCAGAUGGAGACCUUGCACAUCCAGAAGGACACCCACGUCUGACGCCGCGGCUGAGUCCUCCCUCCCCUCGCCCGGGGUCCGAGCUUCCCUCGCCGUUCCCCUCGCGCAACGAGCUAUACCGGAGUUGGAAUCUAGUCGGCACGCCGAAGUCGUGCCACGACAGGCUGUUCGCAGAGAGAGAGAGCACACCGUCCGCCGAGACGCGGCGACCGUUUGGAAUCCCCUACGCGGGGAUGUAUGUGUGCGGCACCUCGGGUCCACGAAGCCUUGACGUCGAAGCGAGAGUAUAAUACUUUGUACCUACCUAAUAAAGUACGUACAGGGAAAUCUUUUUACAACAUACCUGAAAUAAAAAAAAAUUCUUGUUGUUUUAAUACUCGAGGCUCUCUCUAACAUGCCACAUUGAUUAUUUAAUUUUUUUGUCUUAAAUUUUUAUUUGAAGGCAUUUUACAUUCUGUCUCAAACAGUGGUGAAAUCAUUUGCGUGACUUUUUACAGCUUGAAAAUAAUGUUCCGUAACCAUAUUAGAAAUAUAGUGCGCCCCCCCUCCCCCCCCCCCCCCCCCAAAAGAGAGCUAUUUAAGUUAAAAUUAAAAAGAAAUUUUUUUAUUAAUUUAAUCAAUAGAAAUGACAAGAAAAUGAAAUAAUGGAUUCAGGGCAAGAGACCCUACCUUAAUAAUGAAAGUGCUUCACAGUUAAGGUAACACAUCUCGUGGGAAUUCAAAGAUAGGUACUUUGUAAUGAGGUUUCACUGUAUGUGCAUAGAUAAUGGAGAUUACUAUAUGAGGCAUAAUUUACAUACCUAUUUUAAUCAUUACAACUGCGAGCAACCACUAAAUGUAAGUACAUGAAUUAUGUAGGGGGAAUAUAAAAGAGAAAGUUAUUGAGUAACUAAAUCAAGGAGAGAGUUAGAAUUAUUCUGAUGUAAAAGUAUGGAAUUCAUGGUGAGAGUGGUAAUACACAAAAAAAUUUUACGACAAAAAACAUUAAUUUGCAAUUGUACAAAAAAAACAUGCUGUAAAGAAAAAUACCAGACAUUUGUUUAAGGAUGCCACAAAUGUACAUUAAAUAAUGUGGGUUUCCUUAUAUGGUAAUUUUUUUUAGCUAUCACACAAUAGUACUGAAGUACAGAAUAAUCUUGAUUUCAUGUUAGGAGAAAAAAAUGUGCUGUAAUUUGUACAGUACCUUUUAAACAGAAACAUCACACUGUACUGUGAUACAUUAGUAAAUUUUCAGCAAAUAGCCAUUCAGUAGAGAAAAUAUUGUAAACAAAGAAAUAAAGAAUCUAAGUGACAGUUAUAUAUAUUACACUAGAAUAAGUCACAAAUUUUCUUAGACUGAUCAAAAGUUGGGAUUUUUGUAUAUCAAACAGAAAUUAGUGUUUUAUUACUUAACUUGUGUGCUUCAAACUUAUAGGCCUAUCAGUAGUAAUUAAGAAAUUAUAAAUACAUGUUCAAUGUUUGAUGGAAGAAAAUAUUUUAUAAAUUUAUUGGAAAGUAUAUUCACAACUGGAUAUGCAUUUACAUUUGCUACUGCUUUAAUAAAAACAAUGCAUUAUCAUUUAUGGUAUUUGGGCACAAUCUUAUCAAUUUAUUAAAAUUUAUGGCCUUUGAUAUCAAUACAUUUUUAUAAAAGCCAUUGAAAAAAAAGUUUAGCAUUCCAUUUAUUUAGACAUUCCAUGAAUAAUUGCCUUAGAAAUCUGAAUUUUAUCUUGUGCAAAAUAUUUUUUCAGGACUGAUGUUCAUUUAUUUAAAAUGUUUGUAUAAAAAAGGAGAAUAGCAAGUAGUCAAAUAAUACCAAGUUUUUACAUUUGUAAUUAUGAUUGGAUUACUAGAUAUUUUAAAUGUUACAAAAAUAUUUUAUAUACUUUAAAUAAAUUUUGUACUAUCCAUGGAUUGUUUCAUACGAAUUACUGGAUUCCCAAGUUGGGAAAAAUUUGCUUGGUCAUGAUUUUGCAUAUGACAAAUAAUUUAAAACAGCUGGAUGCUAUUACAGAAAAUAAAAUAUAAAACAUUUUUACAAAAUUUUGAAAUGUGAUCAGAGAUAAAUACAAAUGUCUAGUGAUAGCAACAAAAUUUAUUUAUUAGUUUCUAGGUUUUAAGACAAGUAACAUUAUUAUAUCAGCAAAAAUGUCACUUAUUCACAUGGUUAAAAUGCCAUUUAAUUAAAAUAGUUUGAGUAGAAAACAGAGGUAUUGAAGUUGGUCAUAGAUCAAUGUUUUCAAAAUCAGUAGGUCAGUGUUAAUAGAGUCUGUAGUCACUCAGUGUUUCUGAAGUUGUUAGUACAAGUAAAGUUGGUAGUCCAAAAAUGGGAAACAAAUUACAGCUUUUUUCAGAACUAAGCAAUAAGGAAAUGAGAAACAUUUUCAGUGUUUUAAACUGGAGCACAACUGAAUGAAGGUUGAUGUUUUCGAAGUCCGUAGGCAGUUAAUAAGUCCAUGUGUUUGGAUUUAAUAGUGAAUGUUUCAAUAAGGAAAUUGUUUUUUGAACAGGCAAAUGGUAGGCUGACAAAGUUUUAUGCUAACAUUUCUUGUUUGGUAGUGGCAAUACAGCACUGUAUCACCGCAAUUCAAUAUAACUGAAGGCAAAAAGAUGAAGUUUAACUUGAUGUCAUAAAAAAGGGGAAAAAGGUAAAACCAAUAUGUAACGUCUGCACAAAGUAUACACAGUUUUUCACCUCAGCCAAUGGAACUAUGAACAUAUCCUUUUUGGUGAUUUAAUUGCCAUGUUACAGUUCUAUUGAACACCCUUACAAAUUUCUGUGGCUAAAAAGUUGUUUUGGACCUUGAUGAAGCAGUCUGCUCCUUACUAGACCAUAAUCGAGCAUGGAUGCUGCUUUGCAUCCCACUGUCACAUGGUCCAAAAUCAGUGCCAGUUGUGUCCCCGGGAAGCUAAAAUAUUUGUAUUAGAUGUAAUGCACUGUAAAUGUUUUACAAAUUACCAAACGCACAAAAGCAGGAAUUCAUCAUUAUGUAAGCAUCUACUCUGACUAAACUGCAGGAGUGAGAAGUAAAAGAGGGUGCUGAAUCAUGACUAUAGACAGGGCCGUCAGGCCUGAAGCCCAAUCACCAGGGAAGGAGACCCGGUUAAUGUGUGAAAAUCUCAGCUAUCGGUAUACGGCACUUCAUGGGAGUAAUGGAUCGGGAAGUCACAUGGGACGAAAAUGUGUUACCAUGUUGCUGCCAUCUGUGGCGGAUGGCACUAGUCAAUGUUCAUUCAGACAAAGGAAAACUUUAUAGGAUUAUCUGUUUAGUGAAUUUUAACAGGAUAGGCAGUAUUUUAAUCAAAGUCCUCGUCAAAAAUCAGGUCAAAGGCAACGGUUUAGUAUUUUUUUCCAGUAUUUUUCGCUUUUAUCGGAGAAGUUUCUUUAUAUAGCUUAAAAUUUCAGUCUGCAAAUAGAAUGAUUAGAUAGUCGAUGCAGCUGCUACAGCAACCAAUUCUAGUAGCGGGAUUGGAAACUACGUGAGCUUCGCCUCAAGAAAUGUAAUUGAAAACACAAUUUUUGUAUAUUUAUUACGCUCAGCAUUAUUCCACGUUAAGUUUUGUGUCGGACUUUCAUAUUAUAAUUUUAUUUGCAACAUGAGAACACAUAAAUUCGCUCGAUACCGAUGUUAGAUGUUCACACAUCACUGAAAGUACUGUAAGACUAGCUCACUUUUUUUUUUUAAAUGCUUGUGUUUAUUUUGAUAAAAGAACGGAAAUUACAAGUCUAUUGUUAAUAUAAUUCAUUGUAAACCUUAUAAGUUAUGUGAUACGCACAGAUCGUGUUUAUCGUUGUAGCCACAGUAAAGUUAACGACUUAAAAUAUUUUUUUUAUUUGUAGGGUUUGAAAAGUUGUACAUUAAAUAACGAAAUUUAUUUCCCCGGGCCCUUGGGUUAUCUUGAUGGCCCUAACUAUAGACCAAGAAAUUUGGAGGGUUUCAAUGCCCGGUGGGCUAGACAUGGCGGUGUUAAGUUUUAUGGAACCUGUAUCAUUUUUUCAUUGGCUGUUGUCCUAGAGAGAAAACAUUUUAUUUUUGAAUGACUAAUGAGAUUCAAAUGUUUUUGUUCAUUUGUUUUUUUAUUGGUCUUGAAUACUUAAAGGGCAUACAAAACAAUUAUGGUUAAACUAAAGAUGUCCAAAGACGCACACACGUAUUAAGAAUUUAACUUUUAAAAUUAAUUGUAAAAAUUUCUGGGCCUUUAAUUACAGCUUUAAGAAAAAGAUCUGUUCACUGUGUUACUUGGGGAAAAUUAUGCUACCAUGAGAAACUGGUAUGGUGUCCUUCCUUAACACAGAAAAAUUACUUAGUGCUAAACAUUAUAGAAUGAAUGACCUAAACAUAAAUACAUAAGAAAUAUUUGCUUUUUGAUAGUUUAAAUAUGUAGUGACAAUAGAAUUAACUGUUUUCACAUCUAAAAACAGUUAGCAGUAACAAUAUCUAGGGAUGCAUUUUAUGAUAGGCUCUAUAAAUAGUAGCCGUGUGAAUACUCAACUAUUGCUCGCAUCACACCUCAAAACAUUUUAAUUCAAAUCCCAAUUAUUGUGUUUAGUAUGAAGUUCAAAACAUGCUGUAUUUUCUUGUCAUAGAACACAAAUACUACUUAGUCACAUAGUUUUUUACUGUGGAAAACUAGAAUAGAAACAGAAAAUGCUACAACACAUUUACUGUGAUAAUUCAUCUGCUGAAAUCUAGUACUGUUGUGGUUCUCAACUUAUGGUUUAAUCUUUAUCUUCACUCGGAACAUUUUCAGAAUAUUUAUCACACAAUGAGUUAGGCUCCAUUACCAUAGGGUAACUUAUACAGCCAGAUAUACAAAUUAUUAACUCUAUUGGACUUGUGUUGAAAUGCACAUUGAAAAUAUUUUUCUUUGUCCUCAUUCACCAAUCUGACACUUUCGUUUCCUAUAAAAACAAUUGAAUAUCAUGGCUCAUUAACUUUAUAAAUAUUUUACAAUGUGGGAUGGUGGUUAAAUCUACCAGAAUUUACUACAUUUUAAGUAGCACCUUUUUGUGCACUGAAAAUUAGAAGUGUAUUACAAUUAAUGUCAUCAUACACAUGUAAGACACUCAUCAACAAAUAAGAGAAACUUAAAUAAAUCACAAUAAUAAACUUUCAUUAAGGAUGCUCAGUCAAUAAACAGUUAGUGCAAGUCAACUGUCACAUUAAGAUAAAGUCUCCUUGACACAUUAGGGAAGGAAGAAAGAAAGAAAAGAUGUAUCUCAUAAUCGAAAGCAUUGUACAUUCGAGAAAAUACCAGAGGAACCUUGCAUACAAAUUGCAUCCUCAUAUGAAUAAUAAAUUUUAACAACCUGCAAUGAUUCCCAGCCUAUGACCACUUCAGUUCUACAACCCUAAAUAACCUCCAUCUUCUUUUUUUUCCACUCCCAUUUCCUUUUCCACUCUGCCUUUAUUUGUCACUUGUUCCAUUAUUUGUGGCUUAACUUGAGACUUUCUUACUUUACAAUUAUUAUUAGCUAAUGCCCGGCAUGCAUUAAUAUGCCUCUCAAUUUUUUUUGUAAUUUGUUUGAAGUCGUUAUCUCUCUAAAUGUCCCUCUAUAAAUUUCACUAUAUAUAUCUACAAAUCUAAAAAUCUCUCUAUCUAUAUAUGUCUGUUUCUAUCUAUAUCUCCAUCUAUAUCUCUGUACACACAUAUCCCUUGCUCUAUCCCUCUAUAUAUCUCUAUAUAUCUGUGUAUCUCCCUCUUUCUAUACCUCUCUUUAAGUCUAUAUCUUUAUCUUUACAAAACAGAAGAUGAACAUUCAAACAUUUAUGUAUAUAUAUUUUUACCUAUAUAUUUUUUAUCUAUCCUUUUACCUAUCACUGGUAAGUCAUAGGUUUAUAAAAACACUUGCGUAUUUGAAUGCUUUCAAAAUUUCAAAGCAAUCCAUGAAAAACUUUAGGAAAUUGAAGAUUUUGAGCAAAGGAACAUUUAAAUUUUUUUAUUUAUACAGAUUCAGGAUUCUUACUCACAAUUUCUAAAUUUCCUUUCUCCUUAUUGCCCAUAACAUUUUGAAAUUUAUCAAUUCUGCAAAGGCUUGAACCUUCUCCCCCUCUCCCCCCAAAUUGACUGCUAUUGUAUUCCUCACCAAAAUAUACCCUCACUGCCUCUCAUUAUUAUUUUGUUUGAAUCAUUCAUGGUUCAUGAUUCUGCUGCAUGCAUUACUUUUGGUAUAUUAGGAUGUAUGCUUGCAUUGCAAGUUAAGAAUAUUGUAUAAUUGUUGAUCGGAUGAAAUGAAAAAAAAAAAUUCUACCAACCAUUUUUAUAACUGAAAACUGUCUGAAAGGAGUUCUGACUUUUCAUGACUGAAAGAUGAAAGUUCCUGAAUCAUUCAGGUUGUAUUGGGGCAUCAAAAGUGAAUGUAAAUAUUAAAACAAUUAUUAAUUACUUACUCUCAAAGAGUUCUGUAUUAUUAACAUUUAAAAGUUAAAAUUUGAUCAACACAAAAUGGAGUCUUUGCUUUUUAAAGAAAAAAUAAAUAAAUUAAAACUAUGAUUAAUUAAUUAAGGACUCUCUCUCUCUGAAAAUAUUUUUACUGAAUUUGCAAUAACAAGGUUUGUAUUAACCAAACUAUUACAAAAUUUAAACACAUUUUUCUAAAAUACCCAAACAAAUUUCAAAUAGAGUUAAAAUUAUUUUUUGUCAUUUAGUGCAUGCAUAAAACAUUUAAAAAAAUUUAUUUGGUACAAGGAAAUUGCGUAAAAUUUUAUACAACAAAAAAUUUUUUUUUUGGGAUUGUAAAAUAAAAUUUAAGGAUUGCUACAUAUGUAGUUCAAAAAAUAUAUUUGGUACUGUACUACUUUUUAGAGAAAUUAAGACAGAAGAACAAAGCGAAGAUCUUUGUAAUAUGUAAUAACAAUAACCAUACUUUUGAAUCAAACAAAUUACUUAGCACUAUAACUCAUGUAUUUUCAAGGGACUGUGAAAACACAUUUAUAUUAAUGAGAGGUUUGUAAUAACAGAGUUUUUAUUAAUAAGGUUUCUCUGUAUUCUUAGAUUUUCUGGCUAUUACAAAACAUUUUAUAAAUUCCCUACUAUUAUUAUUCAUAAUGUUUUCUGUUUGUGGGUGGCCUGAUAAAUAUUAAUGAAAACAAUUGAAAUGACUGUAAUGACAAACUUCAAAGCAUUCAAAUCAUAAUUGAAAGAAGAAGAAAAAGGUUUGUCCAACAUUCAUUGAAAAUGUUUUGAGACCUUCAAAGUUAAAGGGCUGAAAGAAUAAAUAUUUUAAGAGGACCACUAAAAUAGAUGUAGAUCAAUUAUCACAGCUUGCUUAACACAAAUAAUGUAUCAAUUACAUCUGGGGAAAAGUACAUACAGCUUCAAACUAUAAACAGUCUGAUAUCAUAUUUAAAUAUUUGAAAUUGAAAUUGUUUCCUAUAUUAACCAAUCUGUACCACAUAAAAUUUGAUAAGAUAUUGAUGUAGUGCCUACAUGUUAACUUAGUAUAAAAAAUGCUGAAAAAAAACUAGUUUAGUUGAACUCAUCGAAAUUGUUUCAAUGACAAAUUUUUGUAGUUUCAUAUAAUGUUGUAUGUAUUUAAUGUUGUUAACACUUGUAAGCAUUAAGUCUAGUAAAAUUCAUGUAUCUGUUGUGUCAAAAUAAUUGUGGCAUCAUACAGCUAACAUAAUAUUACCAGUAAUGUGGUUUUUGUAAAAUCCUUGAGAGGAACUGCAAACUUCAUAAUAAAACACUGGAAAAUAUACCAAAGAAUGCUAAAUAUGCUAAACAUACCAAAGCAUUACAAUUGUGCAAGAUAUAAACUCAGUAUCUACUAAUUAUUUAAUGUCUCUUAUUCUUUCUUAAAAGUUGUAAAUUAUGUUUUAUGCAUGUUCCUGUUCAACAAAUUCCACGGUUAUUUAUCAGACAAUUAACUAUAAGUAAUACACUAAAUGUAGUUAUGUAUGUUUAUUUUUUACACUCCGAACUAUAGUUUUUUUUACAAAGUAAGUCAUUACAGUUUCAAUUUAAAAUUUGAUUUUUAACACAAUGACUUCUAAAAUUUUAAAUAGAAGACAUUAACAUGAAUCUUAUAAAAGUUGAAAUUUGUUUUCCCAACAAAUAUUUAGGCCUAGUUCAGUAAAUUUCACUUCUUUAACGCAUUUCACCUUUUAAAAAAUAAUGGAUCUGUCGAGAAUGGUAGCUGGCACGUAAUGAUUUGUGAACAAACGUUAUGUAAGAGGUACAGAUAAUGCACUUACUCAUUCAAGUGACAAUCAUGUAGUUGCACUAUCAAUGACACACUACCUUAUCAUGUGCCUUUUUACUUUCUCUUUCAAGUCAGUAUGCUUGUAAGUUUUUUUCAAAAUCCGGGAGUCUACAAGUACCUUGUGAACCAAUUUCAGGUUAUAUCAGGACCUCCUGAUGAAAUAUUCUUACAAAAUUUAUGUAUCACAAUGAAAUUUUUAUACGGAAUAAGAACAUUUAAAUAUAGAGCUACUAUUUACAAGAAUGUAUUGAUUUUUAUGUUAGGAAGUUGCAAAUAUGUUCAGUUAUAAUUUACAAAUUAUAUAAGAGUACAGUCUCAAACUAUUACAAAUUUGUGACUAUAAAGUGAAGAGAGGCAUCAAACAACAAAAAUGGAUGACAGCAAAACCUGCUGUAAAUUAAAGUUUUGUGGCUUCCUGCACUGUUAAGGUUCAUUUCGAGAUUCACGACCCAUUCCUCCACUUUGUUACUUUUUUCAAGACUUAGAGACAACCUGUAUAAUUAAAAGAUUUCAGAAACAGCAUCAGAUGUUAUUAAAGAAAUGAGAGUUGUAAAAAUUUUUUGAGGGAAAUGAAAUGAAAUUGCAGCUGCAGUAAUUCAGUCAACUGUGGUACAGCUCAGAAUAUUAAGGGGCAGAGUGACAUACUAGCAGUACACAUACUAGUACAAAGGCACACUACCGUCCACUGUACGCUACCGUCCAAUUGCACUGAUGGAACCUCUUAUCGUAACAAAAUCCACGCAGAAGUAAACAUCAGCCAAGAGGGCCAAAACAUUAGUCUGGGGUCAGAAGUACCUAAAUUAAAUUGCUUGGAAGAGGUAAAGCCAAGAGUUAAUGGGUUAAUAUUUUAACCAAUUUCAUUGUUAUUGUUUUCAUUUUCAUGAAUGUGUUACAUGUGUCACAUUUUAUGUAUCAAAACAAGAAACUCUGUUAUAAGAACUUUAUUAGAACUGGGGGAAAAAAAUUUUGUACAUAAAUAAUUAUUUAAAUUUUCAAAUAAACAAAAAAAAUUAUGGGAUUAAUGUUACAUUUUAAUAGACCAAAUCGUGUAAUUCAGGUGAAUUUAGUUGCAAUUUGUGUUUUCCCUUGAAAUCAGUAUUGUAUUAUGCAUUGUAUUGACUUCCGUAUCUGAUAUUAUUUCAGUUUAAUUGUUAUUCACCAUACAAUCUUGCCUCUGGCUUAAAAACAUUGAGCUAGAUUUCACACUAAGCUAAAGUCAUCAAAAUGUGAUUUUUGAAUAUGAAUACAAAUAAUAAACUAUUUGUACUUGAUUCAACCUCGAAUGCUAACACUUCGAAAUUACAAAUAGGUACUUGUUUGCUCAACAUAGCAUACCUCGUGAUUUUGUCAUUUAACCAACGUUCACUGCUGAGAUUGUCAUUUGUGCGGUAUAAAUACCCUUUUUUGAUAUUUAAUGCAACAUUUUAACAACAUGCAACAUGUAUUAAAAGUUUUUACCGCUCCUAUCUGCUAAACAGUAGGGUAAAAAAUUUCAUAAACAAUUCAAAACAUAGCAUAUUUUUCAUUUCAAACUUCAAAACAAAAUAUUAUUUGUAUUCUUUUCUUCACACGCACCAGAAGUGAGUAAAAAAUAAACAAACGUCAACAACCAUGGACUAAAACACCACAAAACACAGACACUCUAGUGAGAUGGGCAUCAAAAGAAGUAAUCAUCAUAGUUUCAACGGCGUAUAAAUCGAUGGUCACAAUCGUCUAACACCAUGUGAUACAGUAGCAGCUUACUUGCUGUAUACAUCUAUGAUGAAACAGAUGUUGCUACUAAAAAUAUAUAUAAAAAUAUGUAAAUAAUGGUUUAAGAUUUCAGAUGAAAUUAGCAAAAAUUUUGUUUAUAAUAUUGCUACAAUUUACCUGGCUCGUUAACAACGAAAACUCAUUAACAAUUAGGGUUUAAAUAUGUAAAUAUUAGCUCACUCGAUCACUAAUUUGGGAAUACAACAUUUUUAAAAAAGAUCCACGUUGCUAUGGAUUUCACUGUAUUUUGAUGUUCGUGAAAAUUUUCUGGAUCUCUAUGUAGAGUAGCAGGUUGUGGAAAAUUGGCAAAUAGGAACAGAAACGAAAGGUUUAAAGGUUUAACUCAAGAACGACAAAGAGAUUUAGUGUGAAGUAAAAUGUGAGAUUUGAAUAGAAUUGUUUAAUUAUGAAAAAUCCAACGCACUUCCUAAACUCAUUACAUAAAUGCAGAAAAUAUUAAAUCAUGAAAAACUGUACUUAGCAUUAGCAAUGAAAUACAAAUGGUCUUACACAAGGUACUGUGUUAAAAUAACUAAAAUUAGAAUAUGGAACAUUUCACCAAAAUUAUCACCAACAAAAAUUUUUUAAUUCUUGUCUUAACAGAGAGCUAACAAAAAAAUUCAACAUUCCAAAGGUCUUUUUAAGUUAGAGAGAAUUUCUGAUAAAAUUUAAAAAUAUUGUAUUUUUGAUGCCACAAUUAGUUGCUUGCUGUGUAAUAAACGUGUUCAAAACAACACAUCUGACAUACUUAGAGGGACCACCAUAUAUGCUUGUAUUAUCUUCACAAUCAACAACUGUACAAGAAAUAAGUGUGCUGUAUGUUCCCUGAGUAAUUGUUGUACUCUGAUUUCUACCGCUUUGUAAAAAUAAAUAUGCAUAGAACAGUAAAAA